GGAAAAUCCCAUCCUCCAUCUCAAGGCGCCAUCAUAAUAAUAAUAGCUCAAGUAGGCGUGUGUCGGAGCGAUUAUAGGUGCGUCUGGAGCAGCUGCGUAGGUAAGUCGCGAGCCACCCCCGUUCUCACGAUAGCCACGCUUAAGUAUUAUUUAUUUUUUCUUACCCCAAUGACGUCUCUGAUUUGAGCUAACGGGUACUCAUUCCGUCUUCGGAACUCGCACGCGCUGCAUCUCCAGUGCGCACAUAAACAAACAUUUUCAUGUGCAGUGAUGGCGGUCGCCGGAAAUUUUCAAAUGCUGGAUGUGAGCGGCUGGGCAGCGUUCGCCCCAGAUGCGUGCGCAGCCAACAUGUGCACCACCAGCGUGAGCGAGGCUCCGCGCAGCCCGCGCCACCUGCACAAGCGGAGGCGCCUCUCCCGGCUCCUCGACAAGCUGUCGGUCCAGCUGCAGAACAACAACCACUACCCGCAGUGGGAGAAAAUGCCAGAAGAUGUACCUCUAGACUUAUCAGUCAAAUCCAAAUCGCCUCCAGCCUACUCUUGCGACGCCUGCGGGCAGACGUUCACAGUGCACGACCGUUUAGCGAAGCAUGUGGCGUCACGACAUCGGAAUAGAGUGCCGGAGAGCGAGCGCGCAUACGAGUGCGAUAUAUGCGAACGCCGCUUCGCGCGCUCGGAUAUGCUGACGCGCCACGCUCGUCUCCACACCGGGCAUAAACCAUACACUUGUCCCGCUUGUGGCCAAGUGUUCUCCAGGUCGGAUCAUCUGGCGACGCAUCAUAGGACGCACACAGGGGAGAAGCCCUACAAGUGCUCGGCGUGCCCGUACGCGGCGUGCCGCCGAGAUAUGAUCACGCGCCACAUGAGGACACACACGAGGCGACCGCAGCCCGCCUAGCUGUGGGACUGGACCUUGCUGGUCCCAAUUAUAGGGUGAAGCUUUCAACCAGAGACGUUUUAGAACGUAUUAAGUGCAUUUAACUUUUAGUUUUGUUUUGCCUAUUUAUACAUAGAAGAGUCGUCUGUCUAAGCUAACUCUGCACUGACAAGAUAUGCCAACGCCAGCACUGCAGUGAGAAGCACAAAAAAUAUUUCCAUAUUUAUUCCGUUACCUACGAACGAAUCUGUUCUGUUGUUGAAUAAUUAGCGCCACUAUAGUAUAUACAUAUGUCAUAUAUUUAUCGGAAUUUGAAGAAUAUGGCUGUCGCUCCACAAUUGAAGAAUAUGGCAGUCGGUGCAGUUAGCUUAAAUGUACAGUCAAAGUCGUCAAAGAAUUUAAUUUCCGUACCAUGUACCUUGUCACAGUGACAACCAACAUGAAAGUCGCUAGGGACCUCAUACUAUUGUCACUGUGACAAUGUUGGCAAUGCUACACUGAAAUUAUAUUUUUUGACCGUACUCUAAAUAUGCAUAUGUUUCAUUUAGAAUCAACUUUAUUGUGGAUUAGUCUGAAAUAUGAGUAAGGAAUCGCGUUGCGUUUAAGAAAGCUUAUGUAGUUGUUAUUUUGAAACCUAUGAUGAUUAGUAGUGAUACGUUUGUCAAAACAAACAAAACCGUUGAUAUUCGUUGGCCCUUUACGUCAUUUUGUUAUUUCUGUUUGUAAGGG